UUUCUAACCUCAAUUAUUUUCAAAACUGUUCCAUGCAACCUGAAAAAGUGAUUUCGACUCUUGCAGUCGGUGAAAAUUUCGAUUCAGACUUGUUCCAGGUUGCAAUUUCUUUUGCAGAAAAUGGUCUUUAUGUCUGGCUCAUCUCACCCCAAGCCUUCGACAAGGCCCCAAAAAACGUGAAAACGCCGGAUAAGGAGGUUCUACGCUUGAUAACAUUUCUGUAUCUAAAAGAUCACACUGAUUUGCUCACACAAAUCAAUGGAAUUCAUCUUUGGCGUAAAGUCCCAAACGUUAUAAUUAUCACGGGUUUCGAACAUUAUUGCAGUUUUUCAACCCCAGACUACAACCCCCUGCAGGCAGCUUUAAUCACCACUAGUUUACUAGAUAGUGCAGCUGUUUGUGCAACUAGAAACAACGACAAGGUUUUUUUAUUAGUUUGUUGUGGCACCACUGCGAGUGGGGAGAGAAAAAAGCCACUUCAAGUAAUCAAAGAUCUCUAUUUCUCUUGUUACCUAGAAAAAAGGGAAAAAACAAACGAAUUUUGUAAAAAUGUUACAUCAUUAUUCAAAUAAUUACUUGGUUUAAUGAAUAUAAAAACUAAAAUAAGUUAUUUACAUUAGUGUGGAUAAAUACACGUUAAUACUCCUCUCUAAAUAUAUUCUCUUUCAUUUUAAUGUGCAUCAAGUAGGUUGUGGAAGUCUAAAUGCAUCUUUAAUUUAAAGGCCCAUUCACACAGGAAGUGUCAUUAAACCUUUAAGUUUGUUAAUUUUCAUUAUUUUUUGCUACAUUUAUUUGAAAAAAUAAUUUUUCGAAAAGUGAGGUUAGAAUUGUUUGAAUUUUCGCAUGGUUGCCAACUUWAACGYCUACUUUGAUGCACAUUAAUAUGAAAACGAAGGCAWGCUAAAGCACACUUAGAUCUGAUUAAGACACUUCAAAGGCACUCUAUUUUCCUCAAAACCUAAACAAUAUUUUUGUAUUUUGUAAAAAGAUUGUAAAGGACUCUCAAUGUUGACUUAAGAUCCGAAUUGACAACAUCUGAAACAAAAUCAGUUUGAAAAAUAAAAAAAUCAG